GCGGUCGCAGUAGGGACUUCAGAACCUCACCAACGCUUCAACGCACAGACCUCCGCCGGUCUGAGACGCAAACGGGGGGAGAGAAACCUAAAACCAGACCGUCCUCCUGGUCGACCCACGCAGCCUCCGGACGGGCUCAUGGAGAGCGGAGCCCUGCUCGUCCGAACCGGGGGCAGCUUGAUCGGAUGCCUUUCGCCACAGCGGCGCCGUUAGAUGAUUCCCACUCGGGAUUAAUUGGCUUGAUCAAUGGCUUCCAAACAUGCGCUCCUUCGCAGAGGCGCCCGCGGGGAUGAAACGGCGGUGAAGCCGAGGGGAUGGAUUCGGGACGCGGGGAUGGUGGCCGUCCGCGCGCCGAAGAGCUGGAGGCGGUCCAGGACUCCGAGCGGAAUGAUCAUCAUCGGGGCGCUCCUGGUUCUGGUGAUGCAGAGCUCUUUGGCUGCGGAAGCUGAGGAAGGCCGUUAUGUAUCAAUGAAGAACAGUGACAUACCUCUGGAACCCACAGUGCCCCCAAUCCUGACUCCUGGAUUUAGAGACAGAGACGGGGUUAAAGAUGUUGCUCCUGGUGCAGGUCCUGAUGCUGAACUCAGACGUUGGCCUGAGGGAAAAGUGUUUGCUGAGGCCAAAACUUCAAUCUGGACAGAAACGCAGGGAGGAGUGAGUGCGGGAGCACAUGGAAAAGUCUUUGCCGAGGCUGGGAUUAUGACGGAAACUCGAGCGUGGGCUGAAGCGGGAUGGAGGCCGGUCGACACAGAGGACGAAGCUCUGCCAAGCGUGCCCGAAGAUCCAGCUCCCAUGCUUGUGCAGAAGCUGAGGACAAAUGGAGAGGACCAAAGGGAGCAGGCGGCCCUUUCAUCGGUUCUCAGCAUGCUGACUGAGUCGACAGAGCUGCAGACUCCAGCAGUCAGAAAACCUUUAGGGCUGCUGUCUAAAGCGGCUUGGUCUAAAAGCUCUUCUUCAUCCAAGGCCUUAUCUUCCUCCACAACAAAAGCAUCCUCUCUUCCCUCCUCUCCAUCCAGUAAAAAACUGAGCCAGACUCCACCAUCCACCAAUUUGUCUGUGGUCAUUGGAAACAACAACUCUUCAGCUAACUAUAGUUUGGAUGAAUUCGUGAGCGGCCUACCAGCGUGGGAUCUUCCCACUGUCCCUGAAUCUCUCCUGUCCACAGUGGGUGACCAUGAUAUCACACUUCCUCCCAAUGUAACAAGCCCUUUCUCCACCCACCAGUGGAAUACCACCAUGCCUGCGCGUCCCAGGAUCCCCAUACAGAACACAACCACAGCAGCCACGACUAUAAAGACAACUCCGUCGACAACCACCACUUCAACUGUGUCGUUUUCUACCACGAAGAGAACAGAAACACCACCAGAAUCCAUCACAGCCCAAAAUAACACCAGCCAAGACACUGUGACCGAUGGCAGCCUUCAGCUGACAACAGUAACCACAACGACACCCUCAAUGACCAGCAUUACUGUUAAUAGCACAGAGAUGGAAACACUGGAGGCAGCGACUCCUGGAAGCACAGAGGCUUCUCUAUCGAACAUCACAGCUGCUGCACCCCCAGAGGAAACAAGGCUCUUCAUCGCUACAACCGCGACUCUUCCAACAACGACCUCUACGACCAGGCCAGCCCCCAUUACCACCACCACAGUCACUGUUCCCCCACCUACUACAACCACCACCACCACCACCACUACUCCAGCACCCACUACAACCACCACUGCCUCAACUACUACUACUGCUGCUCCCACUACCACUACCACCAUCACCACUUCAACAACCACAACUACCACCACCACAACAGAAGAACCCACUACCACUAUGCUCAUCCCAGUUCAAACUAUACCACUUCUAACAACAACCACACAAAGUCCCUCCACCACCAGCGCUGAGGAAAUGCCUCUGCCAUGCAAUGUGACGGAGAAAUUCUGGGUCAAAACAGUGUUGUCUAUGGAGCUACGCAAGAAUUGCCUGGACCUGAUCCUAAAGCAGAACCUUUCAAAAGGACUGAGCCAUGCUCUACAGAGAGCCCUGAAUGACUCCAAAGCCUCUGCACAGGUGGAGCGAGACGACUGCAGCCCAAACAACCUGACUCUGGGUUACUACGUGACCAGUGGGAAAACCGUAUACGUUUCCUCCAUGGUUGUCGAAGCUCUCAAUGUUUACGGCUUUGACAAACUGCUGUCUGACAUUAGGCAGCACACCCCGCUGGUCAAGGCUGUUCUGGUUCCUGUGGCGACCUGGAUCAGCGCUCCCCACAUUCACCUACAGCUCAAAACAGUGUUAAGAUUUGUUGGACCUGCAGACAACAUCUACUCGUGCAGUUUUGUCCAGAUGCUGGAGCAGCGGCUUGAGAAUGCCUUUGAAGAGGCUCAGGAUAAAGUGUUGGAGACCUACAACAGACUCACAGUGGAGAUCCAGAGUGUGUCUCAGGAGUCUGGCUCACCCUCGGUUACGCUGGUGUAUGUGGUGAAAAACCAGGAUGCAGUUCUUAAUGGGACAAUAUCCAGUGGGCUCCUCAACCAGCUGACUGCAGAGCUAGUGGGAUACUUCUUGUUCUAUCCUCCACUGGUGAUAGCUGAGCCUCUUGAGUACCACAAUCUCAACACAUCCACAGCAACCAGGAGCUACUGGGUGAUCACAGUGAUCCAGGAUGUGGACAGUUCCUCCCUGGAGGCCAACUACCAGAGCUUCGCCAGUCUUAUGGAGCAGCGGCUGGCUGAGCUUUUCCUCGUUGCUGGCAGGCAGGGCUCUCGGUCCAUGAGGUCCCGGCGGGCCACGUCUGUGGGCGGCUACACCGUGCAGAUGGUGAGCAUGCGACGGCUUCCAGGUCCAAAGAACCCGGCAGAGAUGACCUACUAUGCUCAGCUGAAUGGAUCCCCCAUCACAGGAUCUGCAGCUGCAAAGACCCUCAGCAGCCUGGAUUCCCAGACCAUGGCUCUGACACUGGGAUACUUUGUGCAAGUGCAGGCCGAACCUGUGGUGAAGACACCACCCAGCAACCUGUGGAUUAUGGCCGUUCUCACGCCUCUUUUCUUACUGAUGGUGGUGAUUGGAAUGGUGGCCUUCAUCCUGUGUAAAAGAAACAGAGUCAUUUUUAAAUCUGGUGCAUUUAGGACCUUCAAAACCCGCUCCAAGACGUCAUAUCGAAGGGAAGGCAGUUACCACCACCAGCCUGUACAGGGCUUUGACUAUGCCAAGAAGCACCUGGGUCGAGCUGGUGAUGAGGCUGUCUCUGUUACCAAAGAGACGUUGGUGUUGGGCCUUGCUGUUCGAGAUGCUCCGCUAUCAAUGUCUCUGGAUAAGAAGGUUCAUCAGGAUGGGACUGCAAAUAAAAGACCUCCAUCAGCUGAUGUACACAAAGGAGGACGGUUGCCAAGUGAGGAGGAUGGUUCAGUGUCAAGUAACAGCUCAGGGAAGCUGAACACCAGCAAAACCUCCUCGGCCCGGAGGACCGCAACAGGCAGCAGCAUCAAGAACGGCAAGGAGGAGCUGCACAAGAGGAGCAACAACGACCCUUAUGAGGACCAUUCAGGCUCUCUGCGUCUCAUCACCAUUAAACCCAUGACGGCCCAGCCCACCUACUCCUAUCCCUCCUCCUCACACAGCCAGGACUCCGUGGUCGUCAACGGGGAGGCAAACCACGUUGGGCUGAAGCAGAAGUCGGACAUCGAGCACUACAGAAAUAAACUGCGUCAAAAGGCUCGAAGGAAGGGGUACGGCGAGUUCUCGCUCUCUGAGAGUCUCAACCAUGGUUACAGUCACCGUGACAGCAGACACACCCGACAUGACGGCGGCAUCAAACCGCCCAUGACUGCUGAGGAGAAGAGGGCCUCUUUUGCAGGAUGUCAUAAGAGGUACUCCCACCCACGAGAGCCCACCUACUGGAGCCGUCAGUCUCUGAGCAGCCCCAGCCCAGUGGAGACAGAGAUGGACCUGCUGGUGCUGAGGGAGAGAUCCAGGAGGGGGAUCCGAAAUAACGGCUACGACGGGGAACCAGAACGGUUUGAGGAGACCAACAUGGACCGUCUGAUGAGCUCUCUGGGUUACGGAGGAGGAUCCACUGGAACCGGGAACAGCAGUUUGGGGGUGAAAGCUCACCGCGGAUCCGACUCCUCCACACUCAGCUCACAGCCGUCCAUUGACGAGGUCCGCACGCAGAUGCACAUGUUGCUUGGCAACGCUUUCAGCCUGGCGCCUCCGGAUCAUGACCCUCCCUCCCCUCCAACGAACCACCGCCAUCACCACCAUCAUGCCCACAGUGUCUACAACCCCUCACACAGCAGCCACUACAGUGAUGGUGUGACCAGCGCUCCGGGGACUAUGAACCACCCCUGUGGAGGCAGGCAGAGAAGCGCAGGUUACGAAGACAUGCAUCAAUGUAGCCUGCCUAAACCGGGUUUCCGGUUCACUCAGCUUCCCGAUAUGGGCAUCGGUUCUCCUCCGCCUCUAAUCCCCUCCAGACCGGGACCGCCACCUGGAACCUCAAUACGAUGUAACAGCUCUACCCCUGAUGUGAGUCUGAAGCCCCGUGUGUCUGAAGCAUCAGAUCUGCAGACCCAGCAGCACAACGGCGCCCCCUACCUGCCGCUCUCUAGGACACCGUUCCCUGCUGUCACUGUAGAUCAGUCCAUCAGCACCUACUCAGGAAACCCAAUCACAGCUGUCUAUGCUAUCUCAGCCAACCGUCCGGGUUACUCAGACUACUUCGUCAUGUCUCCACCGUCCUCAUAUCGGAGUCCCUCCUGGAUGUCCUAUCCACCCGAACCUGAAGAUUUACCACGGCAGUGGAACGACACACCUAACUCUCGCCACCUGGAGACCAUCUGCUGAAGAUGGCCACCGGUGACACCGAGCAGAAACACUGAAUCGGUAUCUCUUUGACCACAUAGAUGACCUCUUUCCCCCUGAAGGCACUCUCCGGCUUCAUCGACCCUCGUUUCCUCUGACCUCCGUCUCAUCUAAGAACCUGGGAGCGGAGUUCGUUCCUCUGCUCCAGGAAAUCUUUCACUUUCUUCUCUUUAAUAUCUUCACAAGUGAGACCCUCAGCCAUAAACUUUGAGCAACCCCUGGCCUCUGUAGUCUGCUCAGGCCCUUUAACUCUUCUGCAGUGCCCACUACAGGCAAAAGCCCCCCACACUGGUUUGGUGAAGCUGAGCUGCGCUGAGCUUCCUGCAGUGUGAAAGAACAGAGUGAGUACAGCACAGUGUGACAAACUCUAGCAAUUAUUUGCCAUCUUCCCAGCACAUGAUGGCACACAGUUAUCAGUACGUUACUGCCCCAGCAAUGGCCAUUACUACUCCGUGGCACUGGACCAGGCCGGUCUGGACUGGACUGGACUGGAACUGUCCUGGACUCGAGGUCCACCACAAAGCCAGGAAAGCUGAACUGACGUAAAACUGUGAUUUUUUUGAUGAAUCCGAAUUCCUCUGUAAAUCUUAUACAGCUGGUAAAUAUAUGUAUUUUAAACUUGAGUAAGAAAAAAAAUUAAGGGAAAAAAGAUGAACAACAAUGACAAAAAAAAAAAAAAUCUCUGGUCCUCAAAUGUCUGAAUUUUAAUUUUUGGAUAUUUGUGUGCUUUUGUCCUUUUUUUCCCCACAUUGAUUAUUAUCAAUGGAUUACUAUUCAAAACAAAACUGUGGGUGUUGCUUAUUCACUCACAAUAGUUCAAGAAAUAUGUUCCAUUCUUUGAGGCAGAGAAAUCAGCGGCUUAGUUGUACGUGGUUAUGAUGGCUUUUCUAUACUUUUGAAAAAUAAUUGUUUAGCAUUUUCCUUCAGUAGAUUCAGUGAUGAAAAGAAGAAUUAGUCAUAAUGUUCUGUCCAUCAUCUGUUGAUGACGUUUUUGUCCGUUUCUUGUCACAUUGGUCAAACUGAAAUCAUACGACCAUUCUGAGAUUUGUCCUCAACGUUGAGCGGUGUGGACAACAUGAAUGACGCUUCGUUAGGAUGAUUUUCAGUUGUAGUUUAAACCAAGUCUCCUCUGCUGUGUGAACACAUCAGUAUUCAGCUGUUUUACUUGAAAGUUGUCAAACGUAAUUUACUGUAUAUAUAUAUAUAUAUAAAAAAAAAAAAAAAAAACUCAGACUUUUGUUACUUUUGUCCAAAUGAGGUUGGGUUUAAUAUUUGGAUUGUGUUUUAGGACAUGGUUCAAAAGACUGGUUGGACUGCUAAGGAUCACAUGCAUUGUUGUAAAUAACAGAUGAUUUAAUGAAGAGAUUUAUGCAAGCAGUGUGUGAAGGAAACUUUGCUGGACAUUAUUCUGAUGCCAUUUUCCUUCUUCUUAGUUUCUUGGUGUUUAUGUUGAAGAGUGAUCAGAGAGUUUUUGUGGCACUCUGGUCUUUCUGAAGGCUGCACACAUUUCAACAUCAUCUGUACUACGAAGCAGGAUUUCUUUUAGAGAUUUGGCAGCUAGAAAUUAGAAUUGGGAUCGCAACUCAUGGAGAUGGAUAUAGUUUGGUGGUGAACUACUUAUUUAAAUUGUUAGAACUCCAUAGUAGCAUUAUUAUGCAACAUGCAAUUUCAAUGAUGUUUUUGAAACCAAGAGUAAAGUUUUCAUUUCUUCUAGAUUUCAUCUCAAGAAAUAUUUAAAAAUAUACAUAAACUCAUCUAUAUUAUUCAAUAAAUAGUGGCAAAGUGUGCAUUGGAAAAAGUGAAUGAAAGAAGGAAGUGUUUCAACAUGCUAAUUCUUCAACUUUGCCUCAAAUCCACAGCGAGGUGUUUUGUACUACGAUAUUAUUGGGUGUUCUUACAGGACAAUGAUCCCAAUCACAUGAAAACCUGCUUUUGCAAAGGACAGUGCAGAAUACACCAGGCUUCUGCAACAAACCGCAACCUAAACCAAAUUGUUUCUGCCUGCAAACCAGACUAUCUAAAUUAGUUUUUACAGUAUCUGUAAAACUGACAUAGCUUCAUCCUUGUCUAGUCUGACCAUAAAUCUGUUCUUCAGGAGGCGGUUAGCUUGUCCAUGUGGGUCACUGCAGAUUUCAGUCAGACCUAAAGGUGAUGGCUAGGCAACAGAAACUUGUUCUUGGUCUCGGUUCAGUUUGGGUGUUCUUCCAGACAGAACUGAGCCAGAAGGUUGUUAAUGGCUCAAGUGGAAGGGACGUUAAGCAUAUAUUCAUUUGGGUGUAUGUAAAUAUCUAAUGAUGCAUACAUUGUUAAACAAGAGGAAAGCUUGUAAUACAAAAAAAGCCUUUGAUUUAAACUCAGAAUUUUCUCAAUAAGCAUCUAACCCUGCUUCGUAGUACUGGCCCCUGGCAUCUCACGACAAAACUAACACAACUACUGUCAACAGUAUUGCUGGCACAUCAUCAGCAGUAAUAGCCAUAAAAUAGUGGGAAUAAUGCAAUAUUUUAUUACCGAGAAUAUCUAAAAUGUAUUAUUUUUAGUGAAUAACUAAAAUUCUUUAAGCACUCUGUAUUUGCGGCUUCUCAUCAUUUAGAUGUUAGUAAAGGAGGUUAUAGCCAUAUAUUAACAUCACGUAGUGACCAAGAAACAGUGUUGUGUCAAAGUAAAUAAUACCAAAUAACUGAAAUGCUGAGGCACAAAAUCUGAAAUUAGUAUAUCUACACAGGCUUAAAUAGAUGGUAGAACACUUUUAUUGAAAGGACAAUGUUAAAACUAGAGCAAGGCCAAUGCUAUGUGUAAUUACUGAGCUGCUCAGGCUUGAAACUGUAAAGGAAGUCACAAUUAUACAACAGUGACAUUCAGUUGACCUGCAACAGUGUCUAGCUGUUCAGAAAGAAACAAAACGUGAUCCGAAGGUGUCAUUUUCAUUUUGAUGGUCCUAUGAAGUGGCUAGAGAAAGCACUUUGUCUUUGUAAAUUUACACACCUGAAGUCAAAACUGAAUAGAGGGAGUCUUCCUUUUCUUCUUAAUGACAGCUUAAUCUUAGGAUCAGCUCAACAAUAACUUGUAUUGAAUGUCAAAUUAAAAAUUUUGCAAGCUUCUCAAUCUGCACUGAAACCACUGAAAUAGAUGAAAAGGAAUAUAUAUAUAUAUAUAUUCAUUUUGAAAUUGCUUUUGUUUUUUCUUGAUUCUGGUUGUGGAAAUUGCCUCUUUAAAAAAAAAACAAUUCUAUUUUAAAAUUUAAAAAAUAGUUUCACAUUAUUUAUAAAGAUGUUGUGUGAAGGAUUUUAUGUGAAGGAAACUGCUUUUGUUCCCCACUCUCCCCCUACAGGUGUGAAAAAUAGUAAGAGAAAGCAAACUGAUUGAGAUGGUCGAACUUUAAGCACGGACAGUACUGUUACCAUUUCAUCCCAGGACAUUUAGAACUGCCAUUGUAUUUUUAAAACCAUACCCACUGUACAGACUCAUGUAGUUAAAGACAAGAGCGAGAGAGAGAAGAAAAACUUCCUUUUAUGUUUUUUAUUUAACGAACUUGUGUUAAAGCGAUGGAUGGAUAGUGUUUCUUUUUACUUGGUUUCGUUUUUAAAGCAGCAGUUUGAAAGAGAUUUGAAGCUCGUCUGGAAGUUUAUGUGCAAUGUUUCGCUCGACACGAGCGACUGUUAGAUAUUUUCAUUGCCGACGGGCUUCAGGAUGGCACUGGUAUUAAUUUGAACCCCUUCAUGAUGCUGUAAUGUCAUGAUGGCGCCGAUGAUGUCACACUGUCGUCACUUUGGUGUUGAGCUCACAGUGGCGAUAUGAAUGCUCUUGGAUGUAGUUAAGCUGAAAACUUUGGUGAAUUUAAACAAUAAAUACAAAUGAUAAUUAAA